AUGACAGACGUCGACCCCUAUCGGGAUGCGGAAUACAUCGCUGACGUGUCCGGCAUUACCUAUGACGAUGCGGAGCCGCCCAGGCCAACAGGCACGCUCAGCAGCCAGAACGCCCGCGUAAAGAAAGUCCAGUCGACCGCUAAAACCGCCUUCAUUGACCGGCUACUACGCGAUAUCGACAUAUUAAUUUAUUGUCAGCUCUCCGCGCUGUAUUACAUGGACUGCUCGAUCAUAUUAUUUGGUAUACGCGCCAUCGUGGAAUUGAUCUGCUUUUCACCAAAAGUCGCCCCCUUCGAGCCAACGCGCAACCAGCCAUAUGUCGGCGCCAUCAUUUCCAGUAACCUCAUUUGCAUGAUCUUCCAUGCGUUCUUUAUCCGACCAGAAGCCGGCGAGGAAACACGCGGCUACCUCCAUGGAGGCAUAUUCAUUGAUUUCAUCGGACAGAAACCCGUCUCUGUAUACCGCCUCUUAUCAUUCGAUCUCCUGAUCUUCCUACUCGAUUUCGUCAUGCUGGCUUUAAUUAUUGAAAGAGUUAAAACUAAUGGAUCUCGCGCUCCACACCCAGCAACCAACAACACAAAUACAAGUACAGAUGCAGCCACAGGAACGGAACCAGGGGAUGAUCAGACCCAAACCCAGACACAAGACCACGAUGCCGAAGAGCGUGGGGUAUUACAAGAUGACACAGACGAUACGACCACAUCAGCUCGCAAUAGUCCCGAUUCACAAGUGCACAGUAGCAUUGACGAAGAAGUCGACGAAGAGCGAAUCAAUCUUCUCGCGGAUCCCAGCGAUACAGCAUCUGGAGUCAGUGCUCGAGGUAGCCAUCCUAUGGAUAAAUUUGCCUCCGGUGAGGCUGUCAUUUGUGAAAUGAGCUUCUUUACAACAAUACGGGAUCAAUGGCGCCAUACAAAUAUGCCAAGUCGACCAACGACGAGUUUCGUCCCGUCCCCGGAGACGGCGACAUUCUUGCGUCAACGGUUUGGUCUCCAGGUUGGUUCUGACGGUCGAAUUGAACGGGUCAACCGGUAG